AUGGCCAGUCUCAGCCAGCGCCGGUUCCAGCCGGGGAAGGCUUUGCCCGGAACGCGCUUGGUCGGCACAGGUUCUCGCGACGAGUCUGGGCUCCGUGCGGCCGGUAAAUCUGGCGAUUUCCUCCCAUCGUUUUCGACUCCAGAUCGGCGGUUCCCGGAGAGCGCGCACGACGCGUCUCGACCGAGUUCCAAGGCGCAGCUUCCUUCUUCUGAGUUUCGUGCACAGUCGCUGCUUGGCUCACGGUUUCAUCUUCGGCCUUCCGUUUCCUCUCGAAGCGCCUUGGCGCCUGUAGAGGCGAGACAAAAACAGACGCAGCUGCAACGCACGACUUCUUCCGCUUCCCUCUCCCAGGUUUCGUCCGCGUCUUUUUUCCCCGUCCCCUCUCAGCCGGAGACAGCCGCUGGCGACAGAUGUGCAGCCCCUCAGCGUGGGAGACAGAGGGCCUUCUCGACCGGUCAAGACGCGGAGACCGAAUACGGCGGGAAUUUGAACAAGAGGGAAGACGAAGAGCGAAGAAGCGAAACUCGAAAGGUUUCCCUCGCGCAGCCACAGUCUCGGUGUCCUCUCUCUGGGGAGGAGAAAAGGCGGAGCGUCGCGGGGGAAAGAAAGCAGACCGGAGACACAUGCGUUUCCCUGGAUGAGGAAGAUGGACCUGCCGACUUUCCGGCGUUUCCCUCUCCCUGGGCAGACGGAGGCGACGACGAGAAGCGCGGAGGCCCUUCCGCCACGGACACCACCGUGAAGGGAGCACGGCGAGAAAGAAAGACAUCGAGCGGUGCAUGCAAUCUGCCUCUGCCUCCGAGUGUAUGGGCGAUCGAGUCCGCUCGCGACGCGUACCGGAAAGAGCUGCGCAUCCGGGCGCAUGCAGCGAGGCAGCGUGUGGAAAACGAGGAUGCGUCACGGCAGUUUGUGCGCAAUCCUCCGUCUCGUCCUCCGUCUGCAGGCCUCUACGGCUGUCUCCAGGAAGGCCGCGUCUACGGAUGCCCUUUCCGCGCCUUCGCGCAUGCUGCGUCGCGGCGGGACGACGCGAGCGACACGAGUGACUCCGAAGACGAGGUGAGCACUCCGGGAGAAGAGGCGAUCGAAGGAAGACGGCACAUCAUCGCUCUUCAGAGGCCUGACGGCGCCGCUGUCUCCGCCCAGCCAGUCUCUGGCGGGCGAAGGCAAGCCUGCGAAGAGUCGCCCAGGAUGCGAUCAGAGACAAGAAGCGCGUUUCGAGAGGCGAAGGCGUCGCGCCCAGGUGAUGUCUGUGGCCCAGAGAAACCAGCGACGAACAAAGAAGCCACUUCGAAGAAGGAAGACGCGAAUCUCAAGCCGCGCUACACCACGCUCUUCCCAGCUUCUCAUUUGAGUAGCAGACCUCGUCGAGGGAAGCAACCAGCCCCCCGCGACGCGCCUCUCUCUCCUCGUCCAGUGUCCCUGGAGCCUCUCUUCCCUCACCGGCACCAGGCGUUCCUGAAGCCGCUCAUCGAUCCGCGAGCGCGCUGGUCGGCAAAAAGUUGCGCUGUCGCCGUCUCGGAACAGACUGCUGACGCACGGCCUUUGCUGCUGGAGACGCAAACUGCGUUUUCCUCGCCGUUUCGUCCCGCAGUCAGAGACGUCAGCCCCAAGUUCGGGCCGGAGACCGGGGCGCGAGGAAGCGAGCCCAAACGCGAAAAGGCAACUCUCUCUCGCGGCGCGAGGUAUUUCUCGCCGCAACGGGAAAGGGGACUCUUUGCGGUCUCCGGCGCGUUCUCCUCUCCGGGCGGAUCGCCGAACAGGCUCGCCCCGAGCAGCCCAGGAAGGCAUGAUCGCCGUUCCACGACUGCAGCUGCGAGGUUGGCCUCCCCGCAGGCUCUUCCCGUCUCGGCCUGCCAGGCCGUUCCUCUGCGUGGGGCCUUGGGAUCAUCCGCCUCCCCGCCGCCGCUGGGUUUGGCGUCGUUCUCUGCAGUCCGACUCUCGGCCGCAAACCGAGAAGCGCAGCGAGAAGAGAGAGAAAGAUCGAGGUCGCCCAGCCUCGCGACCUCGAUUUUCGGCGGGCUGGCAUUCGCGAGUCGGGGCGUGAGCGAGGCGCAGAUCGGCAGCUGGAGAGACGAAGAACGGAAAAGGAUCGACUGCCUAAAAGAAUUCCGACUGGAAGAAGAGGCCGAGAAACUCCGAGCGAAACACGCCCGCCUGUCACAGGAGGCUCUGAAGGCCGCUCAACUGAAGAGCCUCGCUCACAAAGAGCGAACUCGCGCAGAAAAUUUCACUCUCUUGUAUCAAACCGAGCAGAAGAAGGCUGCUGUGCUUCAUGACCGCGUACGGGCAAUGGCGGAAGAGCUCCAAGCUGCCCGGUCAGAUCUGAUAACGGCUCGACAGGCUCUGAACGAGGAGAGGAAGGCCGCACGCAGACGCCACGAGAAAGAGGCCGAGCCGUCCCCCGACAAGCCUGACAAGCAAAGCGAGAGCGCCAAGGGCCCGGCGACAGCCACCACUCGACUGGUGCCCCGCAGAACCUCUUCCCCGGACCGUGUGUUCACUGACCGCAGAAUCGAACGCAACGCGCUGCAUUACGCGAAGCGGAGCUCGAGUCCACCGCCUGCGCACGAAGAUGACGGCAGCCCAAGGCAUGCCCACGAGGCGUGUGCUCGGCGGGUCUCGACGGCGAGUUCGCAGCGAGGCCGCAGCUCUCGCUCUCUUCGCCCUUCGCAAGACACAGACAGCGACGUAGGUGAACAAGAGACGGCAAGAAGGACGUACCGAGCAAACGACGGCGCCACUCAGGACUUCGCAUUCGAUGGCAGCAGCCCGGCAGCAACUUUCGCGCUUCGGCCAGCCUCGGCUUCUCUCCUUGGACUCCAUCGCAGCGAGUCGCCUCCUAACGAUUCGCGCCGCACGUCCGCGGCCCCGUCUCCGCCCUCGACUUUGACGAGGCGCGUCGUCCAGCUACGCCCGCCCCGGUUGCCCACCGGUGUCUCUCCCGCCCGCCUGGGAGCUCCACAGCGAGGCUGUCGAGAAGCUUACCCCAGAAACGAAGAGAGCCUUGGCGUGAACUCGAGCGCUCGCUUUUCUGCCGACUCGAUGAGUGUCUCUCCGCUGGGCUCGACCUCGUCGCCCGCUGAUGGCCCGUCUGUGGAGCGGCGUGCGAGUGUCUCCCCGAGGUCCCUGUACUUUGCCAAGACGGGAGAAGAUUCCAGUUCGCCUUUCUGGGCAAGUUCGCUGGUCGAAUCCCCGCGUUCUCGGCCCUCUUUGGAGCUUUCCAGAGGCCGGUUUGGGCGCGAGGUGCCCGAGGAAGGCGGCGGCCGCCCGAGGGAGCGUGGCGAGUUUCGCUCGGAAGACAGAGAGGCGGAGGCGCAGUUGCGGCGCGACUGGGACGAGGCAAAGUCCCAAGGCCUUUCUUCCGAGCAGUUCGAAGACCUCCUUCACGCGUUGACGGGAGUUGGCGAGCUACUGAAGCCUCUCGCGCAUGCAGCGGGGAAGCACCAGCCUGUGGGGGCGCUUCACUUGGACGUGCCGGCGAUCCUCGAGAGGCUCCGAGCAGCUGCGCACGUCCAUCCGGAACUCAGGCGCCUGUACCAGGAUCUCGUCCGACUGUAUGCGUCGCCUUCGCGGGGCCCUGUCGAGGAAGAUCCCGUUCCACUGGCGCCGCUAGGGAGAGAAGAUCGGUCGGCAGACGAGCCUCAGCGGCGCACGGCCUCGUUCCUUGCGCCCCUGGGCGAGCGCGAUCGCGACGCGGAGCGCGAGCGCAGGUCUCGGAAAGCCGAGAAGAGAGAGACAGAAGACGUGCGGUGGUUGAAGCAGGGAAACGAAACCCAUUUGGCGCGGCGUCUGCGAAAGAGCUACGAAGAACUGUGGCUCCAGCCGUACCUGCGAGAAGACCUCGCAGCAGACGAAGAAGAACGACGAAGACGCGAGCGCCGCCGCCAGCGCCGAAGGAAGGAGAGAGAAAAGAGGGGUCACGGCCUCAAGAUCGGUGUCGCGUUUUCUGAGGAGCCCAAAAAGGCGAAAGGAAGAAGCCACAACGAUGACGCCUGUUCUGGUCUCUUUGCGGAUUUGCCUGCCAAGCGAAAAUCCAGGAAAACGUGGAAAACUGCCCCAGUCAUCAGCGACUCCGAAGUCCUCGUUUUUGGGGCGCCUCCUCUCCUUCUUCCUACGGAGAAACGUGGGAAACGGCGCAACUCAUCCGAGGAGUCCGACUCAGGCCUCGGCGAUGCUGCCGAAAGUCAUCGAAGACGGUCAGAAGAAGGGAGUACAAAAAAGACGGAUAGCGCCACGAAAACUGUCCGGCCGGCACAAGCUGACAGCGCGCCGAAGCCGGCGGCCGAGGCCUCGCCACAGCUCUCCACCGUCGCUGUGGGGAAGAGUGCGCCGCAGGCUGAACAAAAGAAACCAGAGGCGCCUAAAUCAAAUUCCAGCUUCCAACCCCCAAAGGAAGAAGCGUCUCCAAAGAAACAGGCAUCGCCAAAAAAAGAAGAAGCGUCUCCAAAGAAAGAGGCAUCGCCAACGAAAGAAGAUGCGUCUCCAAAGAAAGAAGCAUCGCCAAAGAAAGAAGAAGCUUGUCCACGGAAGAAAGAGGUUGCGUCCUCCGUGGCGAAGCGAGGUCCUUCCGAAGAUGGAAAGAAGAGUGAGGUGUCUCCAUCUGGUCCGGAAGCGAAGAAUGCGGGCGCGGGAGAGAAGAAAGAAGAAGGGAAGGCGAAAGAAGGCGGCAAGUCACCGCCGGGGACAGCCGGCGCCACGGGCGCCGCGGCAGAAAAGAGUCCUUCCCAAGCACCUGUUUCGGGCAAACAGGCAGUUCGCGCCAAGGAAGAAGGCGAGCCUGCGCCGAAGAAAGUGGACGCAGAAGGAAAGAACGAAGGGACGGCAAAAGCGCCACCGAAGAAAACGGAAUCCGACGGCAAGGCCUCUCCCGCGAAGAAGGAAGAGGGGAACCAGGAACCCAGCAAAGCACACACCACGUCCAAGCAAAGCGCUUCGGCGGGACCUGAGACGGCGAAGGCUUCCGGUGACGCUCAGAAGCAGGCGGCUCCAACGAUGCACAUCGCGUGUCUCGAGGGGUUGAUUCCCCUCGACGGAAAACAGCAGGCAGACCGCAAAUUCGUCAUCGUCAUCCACAAUGAGGAAGCACAAGCUCUGGAGUUGAUGAAAGCCAAGAAAGGCAUCAUCACGGAGGAGCAUCCCACGCGACUGGAGCCCGACCCCAAGUCCCUCCAGCUCGCCAACAUAGAGGAACAGCUAACCCUCGAAAACCUCGAUCUCGCGAAGCCAGUUGUCGUGACGGCGAUCGAGCUGACUGCAGAAGGCCCCACAGUCUUUGCAGCGAGCAAACCAGUAGCCAUCGAUAAACUGCGCGAGGAGUCAACACUUCAACUAGACACUGUGGAUAAGGAGUCGCAGAAGCCUGUCAAAGCCGGAGCCAUGCGCUUCAGUAUGGGAACGGAGAAGGGCGGCUCGAAAGCAUCUGGGAACGGUGCUGUAGCGAAGAAAGAGAAUGGCAAGAGCCCCGAAGGGGGGAAAGGUGGUCCACUGCAGAAGGCUUCUGAAGCGAACGAGAAAAAGGCAAACCCUCCGGGUUCGACUCCUGCCUCCAAGACUGGUUCCGAGACGAAGGACAGCGGCGAUCUUCCGGCAGAUAAGAAGCAGGGGAGCGCUGGGUCUGAAACGAAAAAUGGGAACGGAAGGAAGACACUGGCAGAAGGAAGGAAGGAAGGGGAGGCACAUAAAGCCGGUCCCCCACCUGCAGGGAAGGGAAAAGGUGGACCAAAGCAAGCAGCACGAGCGGCAAAAACAGCGACAGCACCAGCGGCAAAGCAAGUGACCGGAGGCGUGAAGAAAGCCUCUCCUGGCGUACCGCAACGCAGAAAGCUCAUGCCUAGGCAACCCCCUCCACCAGUGGCAAAGGUGUCGACGGCUCCGAAGAACUAA